AUGACUGAGAAUCUUCACCAACAUCCUGAUCUGAGCUGCAUGUGGAUCUUCCAGCUCCUCAUCCUGCCUGGAGUCAGACUAAAUGAUGACUGGGGGCCUUUCUGCUCUCAUUGCAUUCUUGGCGCCACGCCGCCCCCUGCUGGAGCCUCAUGGAUCAGAAGGACACUCUGGCUUCUCCAGUUUAAAUUAAAGGUUUUCAAGUCGGAGCAAACUGCGCCUCCUAAUGUCCCAAAUGUCCGUCUGCCCUCAGAAAUUGUGAAUUAUGAGUUCGACACCAAGAACCUGGUGUGUCUGGUGCUCAGCAGCGUGGUGGGGGUCUGGUACCUGCUCAAAAAGCACUGGAUAGCCAAUAACCUGUUUGGGCUGGCGUUCGCGCUGAACGGGGUGGAGCUGCUCCACCUGAACAACGUCAGCACCGGCUGCAUCCUGCUGGGGGGGCUGUUUGUCUACGACGUGUUCUGGGUGUUUGGGACCAACGUCAUGGUAACGGUGGCCAAGUCAUUCGAGGCACCAAUCAAACGUAAGUGAUGGUCCAGAGCUCCUCCUGCUCCCCCUGAUGUCCUGAUCCAGU